UUUUUUUUUUUUUUCAGUUGUUGAUUUUCUCUCUUUUCACUCUCAUAUCAAAUAAAAUAAAAAUGCAAAAAGAUUCCGAAAGCAAAGGAGGUAUCAAAAGAAGAAUCACACAAGCUUGUAUAUUAUGUCGAAAGAAGAAGAUCAAAUGCGACGGCGCCAAACCUGAAUGUGUUCAUUGCCUGGACGCCAAUUUGAAGUGUCAAUAUACCGAAUAUAAAAAACGUGGACCACACAAGGGUUAUGUGCGACUAUUAGAGGAACGUCUUGCUCAGUUAGAAAAAAGAUUGGCAAGUACUGGAGCUGAAGUUCCACCCCCCAUUUCGCCUCUUUCACCCUAUUCUCCACCCAAGCAGCACCAUGUGGUUGUGGAUGAUUUUCCGCCUCAAGAAAUCGUGACUCACUUAAUUGAUUUAUUCUUUCAACACAUUAACUCGGUAUUCCCAUUUGUGCAUCGGGCCAGACUAAAGCAAUCGAUACUAGACGGCAACGUGUCAAAACCUUUGAUCUGGGGUGUUAUGGCUAUUGCUGCCAGAUUUUCAAAUCAUCCUCAAAUCAUAACAGACCCUCCCUAUUGGGCAGGCGAACGAUUUGCAACAAAAGCCACUUCACUCAUCAAUGCUUCUUUAUUAGAACCCACUAUUCCCAAUCUACAGUUCUGGGGUAUUAUGUCUUGCUUAGAAUAUGGCAGAGCAUCCGGAUCAAAAGCCUGGAUUUAUGGUGGUAUUGCAGUCCGUAUCUGCCAAGAAUUAGGUCUAGAUAAGGAAGAGACGUUAAAGACACCGAUCUUAACCAAAUCAGGCACAAUAGAUUAUGUGGCGAUGGCUCUUCGUCGACGUAUCUUUUGGAGUUGCUUAUGUAUUGAUAAAUUUGCCAGUACGAGUACAAAUCGACCGCAAGGAUUUGAAAUUGGUGAUUAUGAUGUAGCAUAUCCUAGCCUGAGUGAAAGUAGUCUACUCCGAGACCCUUUGCAUGCCCUUACCAUAGAUAAACAUACCAUUGCCAAUGACCCUCUCAUGGACGUCGUUCCAAGAUAUAUUGAUGUUCUCGAAAGGUUUGGUGAGGUUUGUAAGUACAUGAGUCGGGCUAAAACAAACACAUCGGCCGUGACAUGGCCUCCUAUUGCUGAAUCUGUUGUGCUCGAUGCCCGUAUGAAGCACUGGUUAGAGUCUUUACCAGAAGUAUAUCAGUUUUCACAAGCACAUCUCAAGUUAUACAAGGAAAAUGCCAGUCAGAAUUAUCUCAAUUUCUGGCUGUGUUCACAUGCCAUGUAUUGUACAGGCAUGUUGGCUUUGCAUCGUGGUAGUCUGGCGUAUAGCGAUUUGACAGCAUCAGAUUUACCUCCCGAUGUCUAUGAUCGUAUCCAAGCUAGUAUUCAUGUGUGUAAAGUCAAUGUGAAUAUUGCCACCGAAGUGUUUCAAGCGCUACAUGAUGUUUGUGGUGUCAAUGUCCUGCCUUACAUGUGCUAUUGUGCCUAUAUCUUUUCAACUGUGCUGAUGACCUCAGCUUUUUCGUCUGACCCGGUGUCGUACCGCAAGAGUAGUGCUAGCCUUGCAAUUUUAUAUGACAUGAUUGAGCUAUUGCGUCCUUAUUGGCCAAUGAGCGAGAGAUUAGCGUCAACAACACGGGAUAUGUUAGCGGCACAUAGUCGAUUAUACGAUGUUCAGGAGCAACAGCAACGGCAUGAGUAUGGGUUUGAUAAGAAGGGAUUUCCGAUACAAGCCCAAAGUGGUGACGAAGUACGAUCUAUGGGGCCAAUUUCGUCCUCUGUGGCACCAGCAGCGGGUGUAGAGACAUCACAACGACAACAGCAACAACAUCAGCAUCAACAACAACAGCAACAACAACAACAACAUCAUCAUCAACAACAGCAACAACAGCAACAGCAGCAACAGCAGCAAGUGCGAUAUGGGUAUAUGGAUAAUACAAUGCCCAUGCAGAUGCCAAUGUUACCUUAUGGACAAGAUAGACCCGAAGAAGUUGACUUUAAUAGUUGUGCUUACUUGUAUGAUUCGACGUUAUUUGGACAGAUGGUAUUGGAUUCAACCAAGGUGAAUAAUUCAGAGAUGAAUUAUUUACCGCAAGACCAGUAUAGUGCCAUGUUAAAUGAAGCGAACUAUCCGUAUGAAAAGGGCUCGUGGGGUAAUUCAUGUCAAUAAACAGAGUUACACACGCAUAUAAUAAAGGGUUGUCUCUCAGAUGACCUUGGCUUAGUUUUUUUUUUUAUCUUUUUUUUUGCCCAAGGAACACAAAGUAAAUAGUCUUAUAAAUAAAUGUUUUUUUCAUACCUUUUUUUCUUUC